GGUGGUGGUACGGUGCAUGCAGUGAACGCGUAACGUUAGAAGUCACGUUGAAUUUCCUUCUUUCUGCACUCUGUGUUUAAAUAAAGCUUCAAUAUCAAGCGAAAUGGAAAAUCAGAAAAUUAGCAUAGUGGGAAGUGGAUUGAUAGGGCGGAGCUGGGCGAUGAUCUUUGCCAGUGCUGGAUACAAUGUCACAAUAUUUGAUAUAGAGCCCUCUCAGGUGAGCAAUGCCCUGAAGUUGAUCAAGGAACAGCUAGAGGAGUUGACUGCAUCAGGGAUGUUAAGAGGUACCCUGUCUGCCGAGGCCCAAUAUGCUCUACUUAAAGGAAGUAAUAGCAUGGAGGAAGCUUUAUCAGGAGCAUCAUUUGUACAGGAAUGUGUCUUUGAGAAUCUUGAAGUAAAGCAGAAGGUGUUCAGUGAGAUGGAGCAACAUGUUGGGGACGACACCAUAUUGAGUAGCUCGACAUCUUGUAUCAUGCCGUCCAAAUUCACAGAGAACCUUAAACGUCGCAAUCAGUGUAUCAUCUCCCAUCCUGUUAAUCCACCAUACCAUGCACCCUUGGUAAAAAUCAUUCCUGCCCCCUGGACUGACCAGUCCGUGAUUGAUAGGACUAGGACCAUCAUGGAAGCCGUUGGCCAGGUACCGGUCACUCUGAAGAAAGAGGUCCCAGGAUUCGCUGCCAAUAGGAUCCAGUAUGCUAUUAUUGCUGAGGUCUGGAGGCUUGUUGAGGGAGGUGUGCUUUCAGCUGAUGAUGUGGAUAAAGUAAUGUCUGCUGGUCUAGGUUUAAGAUAUGCAUUCCUUGGUCCAUUAGAAGUCAUGCAACUCAAUGCAGAGGGCAUGCACAGUUAUAUGGACAGAUACACUAAAGGCAUGCACGAUGUUCUCGGUGACUUCGGCCCCACCCCAACUUUCACUGGGAAGGGCCUGGAACAAAUCGCGAAGGAAAUGAAUGCCAAGAUUCCACUGGAUAAACUGGAAGAGCACCGCAAAGGUAGAGAUACCAAACUUGCCGCCCUUGCCAAGCUGAAGAAGGACUUGGAAAGAGAAGGAAAAUAAGCCUUAUCAAAUUAUGAACCUGUUGCUUACCAAAGUCUUUGAUUCCCUUAUAAUUGGUGAGCUUUUAAAGCAUUUAAUCCAAAAUCUUAAAAUGUUGAAGACGGCUUGGAUAAAGCUGUUAAAAAAACACCUAAGAAUCAAAAUUGGAUUAUUAACUGAUGAAAAAUAAGAAGAAUCUUAAUUUUUACAUCUAUGGAAUUUCAAAUUUUAUGAAUUAUUAUAUUCACUGUGAUGAAUAUGGGACAGUGAUUUCAGAUCAUCUUUUCCUGUAGAGAAUCUAGAUUUUUGUGCCAUAAUUCAAUGAUAUUCUACAUGAUUAUGAAAUAAAAAGGACAAAUUAAGAAAGAGUGUUGGGAACACUGUGAAAAUGUUAAAUCUAAAUGGCUGUAGCAGGCUUGAUUAACUUUUAUAUAACUCAAACGGAGAUUCUUGCCAUAUGAUUGGUUGAAAGGUGUUUGAAAUAGGCCAACCUAAUCUUUUUUAUUCCUUUUUUACAUUUUAAAAACUUCGUAACUUAUAUGAGUUAUAUAAAACAAAUAAUGAAUGUAAAUAUUUGUGCAAUGGAAAGAAUAUUUACAUUCGAUGAAAGGUUAAAAGUUCCAUUCAACUCGGCUAACGCCUCGUUGAAUGGAACUUUACAUCUUUCAUCUCAUGAAAAUAUUCUGCCCAUUGCACGCAUACACAUUCAUUAUUUGUAUACCAUAUUGUUGGCUCCUGGUGGGCAUGUCAUGAAACAGCUAGUGAUCUUGAGUGUUUUAAUCUACUGAAAUCCUUGCAUAUGAUUGGCUAAGAGCAAUUUUUAAAAAUUCCAAUCAAACCUUUCCUCUGAAUUUUCUGCUGUCAAAGUUGAUUAUCAACUUAACUUAUGAUUCCACUCAGGUUCUUGAUUAUGUUGUGCGAUUUUUUUUGGGGGACAUUGGUGAUUGGUAUUAUGUAGGUUUGCAAUAUAUGACACAGUAUGAAAAUAUUUGUACAUUGAAACCUUAAUAAAUAGAUGAUUAUAUGUAGGUACGCAUUUUUUCCAUAUUGAAAAAAUAGUGGUUUCGAUCUUUUUUUAACAAAAGAUCCUACCUAAACUGCUGCUGUAUGUGCAAGUGAAAAAGCAUACCUCCCUAAUUUAAUCCAACUCAUGGGGGUUGGAAGAGAUAAGAUGCAGACCAUAUCACUUCUCAUAUCUUACCCAUGUCCCUUUCAAUACACCUGCGCGAUAUUAAUCAUUACCCGUAACUCAAGAACAUGGUCUGUUACAAUGUUAGACAAGUGGUUCCAUGACAUUUGCUUUGGCAACC